AUGUCAAACAGUAGCAGCAAUCUCCUCACAUCGGUCCUCGUUACAGGAGCCUCUCGUGGUAUUGGCCUUGAAUUUGUCAAGCAACUUCUCAACAACAAAUCCUCCACUCAACUCGUCUAUGCCACUUGCAGAAAUCCUUCUCAAGCCAAACAAUUGAAUGAACUUCAACAACAACACAAGGAUCGUUUGAUCAUUGAUGAAUUAGAUAUUACCAGUGAUGAUUCCAUCCACUCAUUAGUCUCUCACAUCAGCAACAAGUCUCUCAAAUUCACUCUUCUUUUCAACAAUGCAGGAAUUACCAUUCAAGUCGGAGAUGCCAUUCACGAAAGUACUCGGGAUAACAUGUUGAAAGUGUUCGAGACCAAUACGGUUGGUCCAGUCUUGCUCUCUCAAAAAGUGUUUAACAAUCACUUGCUUGAGAAGGGAUCUCUCAUUGUCAACAUUUCAUCCCUCUUAGGUUCUAUUGAAUCGGCCACUCUUCCCUACUAUCCCAAUUACACUGGAUAUACGUUGUCCAAGGCAGCAUUGAAUAUGGUCACUCGACUCCAGAGCACUGCAUGGAAGGAUCAACAGGUGUAUGCCCUCUCUAUUCAUCCAGGUUGGUUAAAGACCGAUAUGGGAGGAGAACAAGCACCUGAAGAAGUUUCGAAUGGUGUGGCUGGAAUUUUGAAUGUCAUUGAGAAGUUCAAUCCAGAGACUCAGAAUGGAGCCUUCCUUCAAUACAAUGGACAACCAUUGGCUUGGUAA